AUGAAUUCCUCUACUCAUCGCAACCCUCGCAGCCACCUUAGCUCGAGAGAAGUCGGUACUAAGGCCAAGAAUAAAUCUAUUGCAUCAAAUGCAGUGACAGUAACUGAAGUGGUGAAAACCACACAGGUUGUCUCUUCACGCCCAAAGCCAAACCUAUUGGUCGGGCAUGCGGGUCUCCCUGACCUUAAUGACUCGGAGUUGGAAGACGGGGCAGACAGAACCUUGGAUCCUGGUCAACCAGGUCAAGCUGGGCCGAGCCGACAAGCAACUGCAAAUGGUGGUGGGGAGGCUCUGAUAGAAGUGGAGAUCCAGUGGGAAAUCUUUCUCAGCCCUCCCCUUAUGGCGAGCAACAACUUCAAUGUUUCAAGCAGUUCCAUUGUUCAUGAGAACAGUCUUGUUCUCUCCCUCAACUCCAAUUUAGCUCAAGAUCAUGUGGAUGGGCACGGCAGAAUCAUCCCACAGAGCCUUGCUCCAACCAUUGCUGUCCAACCAAACAACCUUUUUGUCCCUCAAAGAGCUGGUCUUGGCCAAAUUGCUAUGGGCCAAAGGUUGAGCGAAGUAAGGAGAAAUCAUGUUUCUUCGUUGAGUGUGAGGAUUCAUACUAUCAUUGAAUACCUCCCAACUGAACAAAAUCAAAUUGAAGCUCUUCCCCUUCACCCAACAAGUGACUAUACUGUUACUGAAAUUCCAAGAACCACCCAGUUUCUUCCCCCAGCCUCACCUAGGGAGCUUAUUGUUGCUCCAAAUCACAACAACGUCCAUCUCCAAAGCCUGAAUCCAAAUGGUGGUUUUCGCAUUCAAGGCCAACCCAAUUUCCAAAACCACAACCUAACCAUGUCCAAUCAAGUGAAUCAACACAAUGCUUAUCUUCCAUAUAGCCCCCCAAACCGACAAAUGAUCAAUUUUAUGAACCUUGAUCAUCUUAAUCAUAGUCAUGGAAACAAUGACGGAGUUGUUUUGAAUCCUGAACCUUUGAGUGUCUAUGCACCACCUGGAAUAUCUUGGGCUCGAAACCCCAACCUAAAUCUUGGCCAGAACCAAAAUCUUGAAACCAGCCAAUUUGAUAUUGAUCAAGUGAGAAUAAAUCCAAGGGACGAAGCGAGAAACAUCCCUGACAACCAAAGCAGCACAAGUUCUGAGGAUGAAGAAGAAAUGGGUCUUGAUGAUGGAGUAACUCAUAGCCUUCCUCAUCAGAAAUACGGGCCAUACAUUUGCCCUAGAUGCAAGAAAAUAUGCGAAACUUCACAAACUUUCGCGGCUCAUAUGCUAACACACUACAGAGUCGAAAACAAGGAACAAAGGAAGAGAAGGCUAGCAGCCAAAAACAAGAAGAAGAAUCUUCACCAGAUUCAUUCACGUGGCAAUGGACUGACAAUAUCGCCUUUGGGUACUGAAAAUCUCCAGGAGGUUCAUUCACGUGGCAUUGGACUGACAAUAUCGCCUGUGGGUACUAAAAGCAAGGUUCCAUUGAAGGUGUAUGUGAGGAGAAAGAAGGCUGCAGGUGGGAAGGCAGAAAUGGCGACUAGCAAGAGGGUUGUGGAGGAUAAGGCCCAAAAAGGACAGGGAAAUACUGUCCUAGACGAAGCAAGCAGCUCGUCUCCCGUCGGAUUGGUGAACAAGGGGGUACCCAUGUAA